AUGUUGUCGUUUUUUCGUUUGAACUUCCCUUGUCCUGUACAAGGCACUAUAUUUUGUCAAAGGAAACAAUUAACUCAUGGAUGCACAAACCAAAACUCAAAGGAUUACUUAGUGCAGGAUAGUUGCAUGUUGCAUUCUGAGAAAUCAUUGAGGAGAACACUCUUCCUUUCUGUCUUGGUCUCAACUAGUGUUUUUCCAACUUUGCCUUCUUAUGGGAAGACAAAGAGUACAAAUCCUUACGAUGAAAAACGGUUGCUACAACAAAAUCGGCGGAUACAGAAAGAAAACAAUGCGCCUGAGGACUUCCCAAAUUUUAUUAGAGAAGGUUUUCAAGUUAAAGUAGUAUCUUCAGAUAACUAUGUAAAGAGUGACUCGGGGCUCAUAUACCGGGAUUUUGUAGUUGGUCAAGGUGAUUGCCCAAAGGAUGGUCAGCAGGUCACUUUUCACUAUGUUGGCUAUAAUGAAUCUGGUCGUCGAAUAGACAGCUCUUACUUGCAGGGUACUCCUGCCAAAAUCCGCAUGGGUACUAAGGCAUUAGUUCCAGGAUUUGAGGAAGGGAUUAAAGACAUGAGACCUGGUGGGAAGAGAAGAAUCAUCAUCCCCCCGGAACUUGGACCACCAGUAGGACCUUCAACCUUUUUCAGCGCAAAACAGUUUGAAGUUUUUGAUGUUGAGCUAUUAAGCGUACAAAACUGUGAAAGAAGGACCGUAGCCUUUUACUCGGAUGUCGUUUGCAAUUGA